AUAGUGGGGAUAAAAAGGUAGCGGUGGUAGUGGAGACGAUCCACUAGCUGUGUGUGGCUCGGUGGUGCGUGCACACACCCUCUCUCUCUCUCUCUCCGGCAGCUUCCUCACACCUCCCCCUCACACCUGUAAACAUGGCCACUCUGGAUGAGGAACAGAUCGAGGCUCUUCAGAAGGCCUUUAAUUCCUUCGACACGGACAGCAAAGGCUUCAUCACGCCCGAGACUGUGGGCAUCAUCUUGAGAAUGAUGGGCGUGAAGAUCUCUGAGAGAAACUUACAAGAGGUCAUCUCUGAGACUGAUGAAGAUGGCUCUGGCGAGAUUGAGUUCGAGGAGUUCGUUCAGCUUGCCGCCAAGUUUCUGAGUGAAGAGGAUGAGGAGGCGCUGAAAAAAGAACUGAAAGAGGCCUUUCGUAUCUACGACAAGGGCGGGAACGGCUACAUCACCACUCAGGUGCUCCGGGAUAUCUUGAGUGAGCUGGAUAACAGGUUGACCGAGGAUAACCUGGACGCUAUCAUUGAUGAGGUGGACGAGGAUGGCUCUGGCACCAUCGAUUUUAACGAGUUCAUGAAGAUGAUGACUGGUUAAAUGAUGAUGGGUGGAGAGCAGGACCACCAGCCUAGCCACCGUCUGUCGCCACUGUCCACUACUCAUCGCCCAACUCACCACCCACCUGUUGUUUCUUCCCUUCUCUCGAUACUUCGUAUUUUUCUAAAUUGCCAUAUAUUUUUUUACCCUUUUUUUUCUAGAAUAUUCACUUGAGAAUUGAUCCCCAGAUGUCUCUGGCCAGAGGCAGGAAUAUAGCUAUUUCAUGCUCACGUUGGACCCAGAACUACAUUAAAAAAUCCAAAUUCCCAUAUUUUGUCUACUGGUCGAUUUUCGAACCGAAGGAGACACGAUUUAUUUUAUGACUUUCUGUGCGAUGAGAGCUUUCGUUGCGUGAAGAAGGUGCCAAGUUUAUGUUUUUGUCGAUGGUUGAGAGCUGAGGUGAAUAAUACGAAGACUGAAAAUGUGUUUAUCAGGACAACGUUUCGCUCAAGAGCUCUCCUUGGGCGAUACGUUGUUUUAAUAUAGAUUGUCUCGUUUCCGUGUCUUCGUGUUAGUAGUCCCAGCCGAUGCUGGCUCUUGCCUCGCAAUAGAUAAGUGUUUUUUUUUUAAGCCUAAUAAAUAAUCUAGGCUCUAAGCAAACAAGCUUGUAUUUCGCCUCAUUGGAAAAUUUACAAAUUGACGUAUGUUGCUCUGCUAUGUGUGCUUAAAACAUGUGUAUAUGAGUGUGUGUGUGUGUGAGAUUACUUGUUAAAUUCUUCGCAAUAAUUUCAGAUAGGCUUUCAACUCGAAUGGAUUUUGUUCACAAUGACCUUUUUUUUUUAAGGUUAUAUGGCUGACAGGAAUUUUUCAAAGGCUUCGCAUGUAAAAUUCCUGCGUGCUGCUUCAAGCAAUAUUUAUGACUCGAUAUUUUAAUAUUUAUUUUUUCCCCCCCUGGGAGGUUUCCAAGAAGUUUAUAUUUCACUGCCUUCAUAUUUGAGAGUGCUAUGUUUGAUUAGCGUAUAGCCUUCACUGUUGAUAUUGAUGUAUGCACCUCAGCGUCACCUUCUCCACUUUGAACAAUUCUAAACUCCUUGCCACAGAGUGGAUUGAAUGCAUCACUGCUCCUCCUUUACACAAUUAUUUCGGAACUGUUAUUGAUUUCCUGUUUAUAAUUUCGUGAUUUGAAGUGAUAUUUAAAUCCCCUUUUUCUCCCCUUUUCAAAAAUGAUAGUAUUUUUCUGCCUACUUAUACUAGGACCACACUGGCAUACCCUCGACUCUAGGACAAGCUAUACAAGGCUUCCUUUAAUCUGCAAAGACUCUAAUAUGCUCUAUAUUCUUUUGAUUAUUCAGCUUUCUUUAUGUACGGAGGAGCCUUAUGGACUUUAUAAUUUGUGAUGAAGGAAGACGCCAGGUGGGUAGGAAUAUUUCUGUAACCUAAGCUUCGCGUAUGCCCACAUAAAGCGUAAUCUUAUAUAUGCCCUUCUGCUGAUUCCUCCGGUCUUUAGGACUGACUUAACUGUAUAUAGCUUUCUCCUAGGAAAUGAAAUAAGUAGAUCACAUUCUCCUGAAGCAUUAUAGAUCUCCUACAUCUCGUUUUUUUCACAUGGGUUAAUGGUUUCAAGAUCGAUGUCCUAAAAGUAGUUUAUAUUUUUAGUUUCAGUGGUACCUGAAACCAUUUAUAGUUUGUAAAUCACUUACCCUAGCCGUCUCACUGAGUCACUUGUACGACAGACACUCACUAUAAUCUGAGUUGUUGCUUGUCGAAUACUUGUUCCUUGAGACAUAAUAAACGUUUGUCCUUCCAGAAUUUACUGAAAAUAAGUUGAAGUUAUAUAGUCUUAGGUGAAACUUGCUGACUUUUUUGUAGACUGUUUAC